GAGAAAAGAAAACAAGCAUUGAGCAUUGACAAUAGAAAAAGAAAAAUGUUCCCUCCCGAGUAUUUUCCACGAAUCUCUUGUUGGCUUUCAAAAUGUUUGCUCCGUUUCAAUUUGUUUGAAAUAUUUUUGUUGGAAACUGUUAUGAAAUGGACAUGGACAGUUUUCUUCAGAAGCUUCUCUUUGAAUACAACAUUUGGAAUAAAAUAUGUCAAUAAUAAUCUCAAUUAAGCCAGCAGAUUUUGAAGAACUUAGAGAAGACGACGCAGCGUUCGGAAUUGACUCACCGAUAAAUCCCCCGUCCAUAUCUAGCGCCACUGUAAUUGAGGCAUUAGAGACCAAAAAAGUACCUGCACCAUGGAAAAAUUGAACGCUAAUGAGGAGAUUCGAAGGACAAUAAACCCUAGGAGGAAGAAGGAUUUGCGUGGUCCCGUACCCUUCAUACUCAUCAUCUGCGGCACUCUCGUUUACUACCACUGUGUUUAUCGGAAUGCCAGUAUCGUCUCUCUCGUCUCUGACGUCUUUAUUGUAAUCAUUUGCUCCCUCGCCAUUCUCGGACUCCUGUAUCGCCAGAUGAACAUUUCGGUUCCUGUGGAUCCACUAGAAUGGCAGAUCUCACAGAACACUGCAAAUCGCGUCCUUGCCUGCAUUGCUAAUACUAUCGGCGCUGCUGAGUCUGUUCUCCGCGUUUCUGCUACCGGACAUGAUAAGCGCUUGUUCGUUAAGGUUGUGGUUACUCUUUAUGUGCUAUCAGUUUUGGGAAGGAUAGCAUCAGGUGUUACUGUUGCCUAUGCCGGACUCUGUUUUCUUUGCCUUUACAUGCUUGCUGAGAAUUCUCAACUGAUCAGCGUAUGUUUGUGGAGUCAACCAAGGAGAAAGGGCUCAAGAGAAACAGUUCAGAGCGACUAGGGUGUUUUGCUCAGUCCACGGAGCAUAUGAAUUUCCUGGUUUGUAGAUAGACGAAAAGAGGUAAUGAAGCAAUAAGAACAGAAUUAUAGUACCACUGGUAAAAAGUAAAUAAUGUAGCCCAUAUGUUCUAUUGGUUCGAAUUAUUGCAAAGUGUGAAUUCUGUGUGUAGCCUUUUGAUUUCCUUGCACAUCUCUGUAACAUAUUCCCAGUCCUAAGAUGACUGUUUCCCCAGGCAACAAAGAUACAAAGUUGGUUCUUGUUUGCAAAUAUUCUAGUAUUAGCUUAAGGAACAAGGGAGCUUCUGCAAAUUCACUAACGACAUGAUGAUGGUAGGCGUUUAACAUGUGUUUUGUCUUGAUGAGUGGUUAACAACUACUGUUUGAUA